AUGGCUCGCACCAAUGUCGUCCGCCUAGCUUCAACGGCAGUCCGUGGCCUUGCAAUACGCAGCACUGCUUCGUCCAGCGUCAGAAAACUCGCGUUCUCGAAGCAGCCAACCCUCGCCGUCCGACCUACCUUCCGAAGCCCGUUUUCUACCAGUCAGCGUCUUGCCAAGCCGCUGUGGGCUGAAGACCUCAAGCGCGCUAUGCCCGCCAAUAUUACCGAGGAGGAAUUCCAUCAGCUCGCUGACGAAUACAUUGAUAAGCUCAUUCUGCAAUAUGAGGCUUUGCAAGACAAGCGAAUCGACAUCGACGUUGAGUAUAGUUCCGGGGUUAUGAACCUCACAAUCAAUGACAUUGGCACAUACGUGAUCAACAAGCAGCCUCCGAAUAAACAGAUCUGGCUGUCAUCGCCUAUUUCCGGUCCCAAGCGUUAUGAUUGGGUGAUCAUUAGUGAGGGUCAGGACCAGAAACAGGACACAGCGACUAGCGAUUGGAUUUACCUUAGGGAUGGGUCGUCACUGUCUGAAAUCUUACGUAACGAGACCGGCGUCGAUAUUGAGGCUACUGACAGAGGCGAGCCAUAG